AUGUCAAGGGACAGCCUUCUAAUCGGCGCCUCCAUGGCUCUGCUCGUCGUGCUUUCCCUCUUCACCUUUUUCUGCUCCAACCGACGGCGAGUGGCGCAGAGCUCGUCGCAGCAGGGCGUGGUCGACAUCGAGCUCGGGGACGGCAGGUGCGCUGCCGCCGCCGCGGGGCUCGACGAGGCCGUCAUGGCCGCGUGCCCGACGACGGUGUACUCCACGUCGAUCCAGCAUCAUCAGGCGGCGGCUACCGGUGAGCGGACGGCAAAGGAGGAGGAGCGCGGGUGCGCGGUGUGCCUGGCGGAGUACGCAGACGGCGACGAGCUGCGGGUGCUCCCCGGCUGCGCGCACGCGUUCCAUCGGCGGUGCGUCGACCAGUGGCUCCGGCGGCGUCCCAGCUGCCCGCUGUGCCGCACGUCGCCGCAGAGCACCACCAGUGCAUGCUAACCGUCACAGCGUCAGCAUGCGGAUCGAGGUAGCCUGUCCGGCGUGGGGACCGUUCGUUCCGGCCGUAUAGCGGCAAGAUGUGUCGUACUCAAUGCCUCGUACGGAGCAACUCGGUGACCAAUGACCAUCUAUGUGCCGGAAGAUGUAUAGGUGCCCUGUACGGAGCCGCCAUGUAGCUAGGGCGGAGUACGUAGCCAAGCUAGGCAGGUCUCAUGACCAUCGUUGUCUCAACGAAGACACAGCUAAAUUUAGAAGCUAGUUGGGACAUUCGUUCCUGGAUUGCUAACCGCAGAAGCUUUCUGAGUUUGGUA